GAAUAAAGUAGAUCAGCGAAGAGCGAAGUGGAGGUGGAUCCGUGGUUCGGCAUUGCAGGUCCACCAUUUGGACGCGCCUUCAAGUAUUCAGUUUUGCCUUCAUGUACAUACACACACACGCGCACACACCAUAGCGUCAGAGUCUCAGAUCCAUCAUCUCCCACUCAUCGCGCGACAUGACUUUUCCUCCUCGCAGGUCGUCCCGCCUAGUAUCCCAGAAGUCUGCAAUGGAGAAUCGGAUCGACUGUUGCGUUUCCGCGCACGCCGCUCCAAAUUCAAACAUAAGCAAAAGUCCUACAACCAGGCCAUUGCCGUUCCUCAUAUCAAAGAAGUCUGAAGGCUUCAGGUAUGUUCCCCCCCCCUCCAACGCCCGCUCCCACAUUCCAAGAUCAAGGACAAACGCAACAGUCCAAAGGGGUAGAGAUGCGGCCGCAGCAUCCUCCAAGUGUGAAACCCCCCGCUCGCCUGUUCCAAUCUUUUUCCACGCCGAAGAAGUUCGUCAUCUACAGCGGUCUGGGAGGCGGAAAGGCUGCACGAGCGAGUUUGUUGGGGCUGCCACUGGACCCACGGGCAGGCCGAAUUGUCGAAAUGGACACCCUUCUGCGGAGCCGCGCCCGCCGCUCCGGCUCGAUUUCGAAUGUUGGCAAGGGCUUUUGGGGAGAGUCGUUGAGAGCCAUUCGAUGGCCAAUUUCCCUGGAUCGUGGGCUCUUCUGCAAACAACCGCCGAGGCUUGAAUUCGACGUCGGGACUAGUCGUUUAUGAAAAUUGCUGCGUGCAAUUCGCGGGGCUUUCUCCGAAUCCUUGGACUCGUAAGAGGGGGUAGGGCUAUCUGAUCACCUGGUCGGGGACCGACGGUGGAUUUGAGCGGCGUGUUGCUCGCCAUGACAUGGCUUUUUGUUGCUUUUUACUUGUGAGAAGGGUGUGGUCGGAGGAGGAGCGUCGACAGUAGGAGAAGGCGUAGCACAGCGGGAGACACGGGGCCGGG